AAACGCUGAUAUUAAGCCAGCAAUUAUAUCCGACAAUGAAUUCGCAAGUGAUGUGGCUUCCUCCAAUUUUGAUGUAAGCACUGAAGAUUUUGCAAACGCAAGGGCAAUGCCUUUGACAGAAGAUGAGACGAUGAGAUACUGCAAGCAUUGCGAUUACCAAGCUCCAGAUUGGCCGUUGUUCGCGAUUCAUGUUCUCAAACCAUCCCAUGUGAAAAAAGUCGCAGAAGCUAUGAAAGUCCGAGUUGCAAUUGAUCCUAUUUUAAUGUCCAUCACCUGUGAUGUAUGCAAUGUUACUUGCAGCGGUCAUAUACCUUGGAAUGCCCAUUUGAUGGGUUCAAAGCAUCGAAAGGCCAUACAAGAGAACCAGGGUGGAGGUGGACCAAUUACAACUAGGAUAUCUGAAAACGAUCACAAUAGAAAACCUUAUGAGAAAAAUCCACAAAACAGGCAACUGCAUCUGAAAAAUGUUGAACCACCUGAUGAAAAUGAUUUUAACAAUUACCCAGAUCCACUAAUAGGCUUGGAAUAUGUGUCAGAAACAGAAGGUCGUGGUAUAAUUCCAUGGUAUCAUUGUUCAUUAUGUGAUGUAAAAUUUGAUAACAAUCUCAAGUUUGCUCAUUUGAUUGGUCAAAAACACCGAAUUGCAGUUCUGAAAAUUAAGCGUCCUCACUUGAUCGUGGGAUUAGAUUCAAACACGAUGAAACGCUCUGAAAUAACUCCGAUACUACUCGAGCUGGCGAGAAAUUUGGAACAAGAGGAAGGCCGACAAGAAGUGAAAAAAAAAUUCCGGAAAUACCAACCACAUGGUCGAGGGGCACAGCGGGGUAGAGGGGGCAAUCGAGGCACAACGCGAGGAUUAACGAGGGGACGUGGUAACAGAGGGAUGUCACACACUCAGGGAAGAGGGUAUAACGUGGGUUCGUAUCCAAACCAGCCUGGCCAAGGAGGACGCUCAACAUAUAACGAAUCGCUGAGCAAUUUCGCAUACAAUUCAAGUAAUGUUGGUCCAGACUAUGGCUUAAACUAUCCACAAAGCUAUGAGACUGAACACAUCCACCAUGGUGGUAGUUCCUCUUAUCAUAGAGGUGGUGGACAGGCAUAUUCUGCUCAACCACACCCCAGUGGUCAAGUCUACCCCAUGGCAAAUACCAACAGGGCACCGAAAACCUUGGACACUCGUAAAGAACACCUUAAGUCCGAAAUCACAGCCAAUUUAGCGGCCGCCCUUGGCGAUUUGACAAAACUAGUUCACGACGAGGAAGAUGCCUCAGUUGCUCUCCACGUUUCAAACGCUUUGACAGAAUCGUUACUAAAGUAUAGAAUGAGUGGAUUACAAUGAAUUGUCCAUCAUAUGACUUCUACAGGAAUCCAUUUCGAAACCAAAGCUCAGACAUAUCCCUUGUGUCCCAGCUAUGAGUCCAGGUGUGAGACAAAUGUACUUGCUAUAGUCAAACUUUGAAAAGUCGCCAAAUGAAUACUCAGCCUAUCGCAGGCUGGAAAGAAUUCCAAUGGUAUUAAACAGGGGCGUAGGAAUGUGUACAGGAUUGGGGACGGGCAACGUUGACUCAGCAAAAAUUUUUGAAAUUUGAUUGCUUUAGAUCCCCGGAAAUGCCCAUUUCUUUUUGGUUUAAUUUAUACUUCUUCAAAACAGCACAAGUCAAAAACGAAUAAGUAUAAUUGUUAACCCUUCACUUUCGAGUGAAGUGCGCCAAUAUUUGCUGCCCAUAUGUAUAAGUUGCGAGUCAACUGAUCCGACAAAAUUGGAUAAUCCUUUACCUACCAAAACAACUGUGAAUGUAGAAAAAUUUUAAACGUGGAUAUUGAUACAAUCAUGCCGUGAUUCAUGCACAUAUAUAUGCAUGUCACGGUU